AUGGCAUUACCACCCUUACCACCGCCUCCUCCUCCUCCACUCCCCAAACCACCCCCGAAGAGGCGUGGACCGCCCCAGGAGGUCAUCGAUGAAUUUUGGAAGGAGUUCUCUGCCCAAACUCCAAGCAAAGCAACCACUGUCAUACCCCAAAAUGAAUACGCCGAAAAGGCCGCCAAGCGCACCGGCCAAGGCCCGGAGCGGACAACGCAGUCCUCGUACGCCGAGGCCGCCGAGAUCUGCCGCACCAAAGUCCGCAAGAUCGCCGACGAGUGUCGCGCCAUCAAUCGCAAGUACCGCGAUCCGCACUUCGAUCUCGAGUACGACCUCAAGUGCAGCAAGCGCGAUUGCCUCGAGUCGCUGAGCAACAAGCGCCCGGCGUCGGCGCCCAAGAUCGACGAUGACGGGAGCGACACCGAGUCUGACGGGCCGGAUAAUAAUCCUCCUCCGUUCAAGCCUAGGGCCGUAAAGAGGGUGGCUGAUAUCUUUGAUGAGCCGCAGUUCUUUAUUGAUGGGCCGUCUAUGCAGGAUGUAAGGCAGGGGAAUGGAGGGGAUUGUUGGUUUCUGGCCGCACUUUGCACUCUUAGCAAUAAAAAGGGCUUGAUCGAGCGUGUCUGUGUCGCGAGAGAUGAGCAGGUCGGCGUCUACGGCUUCGUCUUCCACCGCGAUGGCGAGUGGUUCAGUGAGAUCAUCGAUGACAAGCUCUACUUAAAGAAGCCCGACUAUGACGAGAGCUUCAUCGAGCGCAUGCUCUGGGACGAUCGAGAAAGAGUAGAUUCCGAAGAGGCAUACCGCCACAUUUACCAAAGCAACAGCGGCGCCCUCUACUUCUCCCAAUGCGAGAACCCCAACGAAACAUGGUUGCCCCUCCUAGAAAAGUGCUACGCCAAAGCCCACGGCGACUACGCGUCCAUCGAGGGCGGCUUCACGGGCGAGGGCAUAGAGGACUUGACCGGCGGCGUGACGACGGAGAUCUACACCUCCGACAUCCUCGACCGCGAGGCCUUCUGGAAGGACGAGCUGAUGCAGGUCAACAAGGAGUUUCUCUUCGGAUGCUCGACGGGCAUCUGGGGUCGCGGCCUGGGCAAUCGCAAGGGCAUCGUCGAGCUCCAUGCCUACUCCGUCAUGCGCGCCGUGGAGAUCGAGGGCAAGAGGCUCGUCCUCCUCAAGAACCCCUGGGGCAAAGGCGAGUGGAAGGGCCCCUGGAGCGACGGGUCCAAGGAGUGGACGGCCGAGUGGCUCAAGCGCCUUGAUCACCAGUUCGGUGACGAUGGGGCCUUUUGGAUCUCAUAUUCGGAUCUGCUCAGGAAGUACCAGGCUUUUGACCGCACGCGCCUCUUUGGCGACGAUUGGCGUGUUGCUUCCAUGUGGACGCCUCUGUCGAUUCCCUGGAAACACGACUACCACGAUACCAGAUUCGAGUUUACGCUUUCGACGGGCGGCGAGGUCGUCAUCGUGCUCUCGCAGCUGGACGAUCGAUACUUUAGGGGCCUCGAGGGCCAAUACACCUUCAGUCUCUCCUUCCGGCUGCACCGCGCGGGCCAGGAAGAUUACAUCGUCCGCACGUCCCCCGCGUAUCGCAUGAGCCGCUCGGUAAACGUCGAAGUGAAGCUCGAGGCCGGAGACUACACCGUCAUGGUCAAGGUCGACGCCGUCCGCAACAACUCCAUCCUGCCCGUCGAGGACGUGAUUCGCAAUAAUGCCAAGACGCGACGGGAGAAGCUGCUGCGCAUCGGGCUGGCCUACGAUCUUGCGCAUAGCAAGGGUCGAUACAAGGAAACUGAGGAGGAGAAGGCGCUGCGGGAGGCUCACGAGAAGAGGGUGUUGAAUCGAAAGAGAGAAGAGAUGAGGGGGUUCUUGACGAAAGAGAAGAUGCAGAUCAAGUACGUGCGGUGGAAGAAGCAGGCGAGGGAAAGGAAGGAGAUAAAGAAGGCCAGAGCCCGCAACGAUCGUCAUGGGGAUCAAGAGUGGGAUGGGCGGCCUGGGAGCCCGGGACCUAGGCGACGUCCGGGUUUCCGCCCCCAGAUGGACCGCCCCCCGCCUGGUGGCAGGUUCGCCCCUCGUGGACCUGGACCUCGCUAUCGUGAUAGGAGGCCAAUCCUUAAGGAUAGUAAGGAUGGCGAUGCGGGUCGCACUAACAGCAGUGAGUCGAGGACCCAACAUACGCCGUCAUCUCCGUCGACUAGCGCCCGACCCGGAGGAGUUGAGGACAAGAGCACGCAGACUCUGUUAGAUCAGCAGACGGCCGAAACUGCGGACAAAACGACCGAGGAUAGUAAGCCAAAACCCGAAGCUCCCACCGAGCCUGGCAAAAAGAAAGCCAGCGAUGAGCUCAAACCUUCCGUCGGAGAUGCGUCCGAGGAGACAAAACCUAAGGAAGGGAACAAGGAGGAAAAAGAAAAGGGGGAUGCAGAACCGCCCACAGAUAAAAAGCUCAAGGGCGAUGAGCCAACAUCCACAAAAGAGAAAGAACAAGACGCCUGCGGUGAGCAGCCAAAAUCUACAGAAGGGAACGAACCCCCCAAGAAGGACGAAAGCGCUCGCCCCCGGAUGCCCGAGCGAAGACACGUCCGCCGCGUCUCCUCAUCUGCAGAGCAAACGGACCUGGAUCCCCCAUCAUCCACACGCGUAGAAGACGGCUCGGCCGAUAGACACCGCGGCCGCCGACCACUUCACAGGAUGCCUCCUCCCCCAUCAGGCAUGCCGCGGUUUGCCAUGCCCCGAGACGGAAUGGCACCGCCACCGCUGUACCGGGAGCCCGAAGCAUACUGCGAAUCGGACAGCGAGGGUUCCGACUCCGAGGUCUCCAGCAUCUCGUCCAUCUCCGACGUCACCGAUCGCGAGGUCGACAUGGAACUCGGCCUCGUCAGGGAAUCUCAGAACCGGGGCAAUGGCCUACCUCCGCCCGGAAACCUACCGCCUCCUCCAAUGAUGCCUCUACCACCCGGCGCAGGGGACAAGCCCGACAUCGAGACCGAUCCGUGGAAUGCCGUCGUCGUUGUCGGGCUGAGGAUCUAUCAUAAGAUUCCCGAGGAGGAUAAAGAGAAGGAGGUGGUGAAAUUGCGCGUCGUGCGGCCGAACCCAUACUCCGAUGACGAGGCGAGCUCGGCGGACGAUAAAGGUGAGAAGAAGAAUGACAAGAGCGGUAAGAAGAAGAGGGAUAAGUCGAAGGGGCUGGAUGUUGAUGAUAGUGCUAAGGAUGCUACGCUCGAGGGGACCGAGAAGGAGCGGAAGAUGUCGAUUGUUCCGACGAAGGCUGCCGCGGGGGAUCAUAGGAGGCGUGUGUGGAGUAGCAGGAGAGUGAUGACGUAUAGGCCGGUGCCGCAGUUUUAUGAGACUGAGUAG